AUACCAAAUGAAUUCAUAGAUAAGGAACACUGACCAAUUACACUCCCCCCACCAUCCUCAUUUUAACUUAAUUGCAUCCCAUUCUCCUUCCCUCUUUUUCCAACCAACCAAACAAACAAACAAUCAACUCUCUUCAAGCUAAGCUAUCAGAAUGAGAGCAGUAGCAUCAGCACUUCAUUCUUCACUCUGUUUCUCACCUCCAUUAAUCCCGCCUUCGAACCCGAACUUCGAUCAAUUACAACAACCAACCCCCAAACCCCAAAGCAUCCUUAUUAACAACCCUCUCUACACCCAAACUCAUCCCAAUAUUUCCCUCCAAUUUAAAGAAAAGAUCCUCUGUCUCGAAAUCCUCGGUAUUGAUUCUGGUAAGGCGCUCGCUCUUAACCCUUCUCUCCACUCGACUUCCCUUGAUUCUAUCCAUUCCAUCAUAUCAUACCUUCAGUCUAAGGGCAUUCACCAAAAGGACUUGCCCAAGAUUUUUGGGAUGUGUCCUCAACUUCUUACCUCCAACAUUAAAUCCCAACUCAACCCGGUUUUCGAUUUCCUGUCUUUUCAUCUUGGGGUUCCUGAACAUCAUUUUCGGAAAGUGAUCAACAAAUGUCCAAGACUUUUAGUUUCAAGUGUUAGUGAUCAACUUAAGCCUGCUCUUUAUUAUCUUAAAAGACUCGGCUUUCAAAACUAUGAGGCCUUGGCUUAUCAGGAUCCAAUCUUGUUGGUGUCAAACGUGGAGAAGACAUUGAUUCCAAAACUUGAGUAUUUGAUUGGAUUGGGUUUUACUAGAAAAGAAGCAGUUGGUAUGGUUUUAAGGUGUCCUGCUUUGUUUACUUUUAGUAUUGACAACAAUUAUAAGCCUAAACUUGGGUAUUUUCUUGAGGAAAUCAAAGGUACAUUGGAGGAAUUGAAGGAAUUUCCUCAGUAUUUUGCUUUUAGUUUGGACAAGAGGAUUAAGCCAAGGCAUUUAGAAGUUUUGGAGAUUGGAUUAAAGAUUCCUCUAUCACUUAUGCUCAAGGCUACUGAUGAAGAAUUUAAUGAUUUGAUAAGGCAAGGAAACAAGGCGGAAAUCUUAUGAACUUCAACUAGUUUAGUUGGUUAAAGUUGUGCCUUCUACAUCACGGCCCUUUGUGAUCCCUUACACCAAAAACCUAUUUCUGCUGUGCUUUUAUUUUUUCACUCAUGUGUAAACAAGGCUAAUUUCAUCUUGACCUCCCAAAAAUCGAUAACAGAAAUACCUUUGUUGGGUUAAUUGUUAUGGUUGUAAACUAAAGUACUUGUAAUUUCUUCCCUACAAUGUAUUUUAAGAUGAUUGUACAUAUAUAUACUUCGUACAUCAUAAUCUUCUCUAUUUAUAUAUAUAAGAGCUUCUGAUA